AUGUGGUUUCUGGAUACCCGUGUCAUUCUGCUGAUGUGUUCUCUACUACUGGUUAUUCGCUGGCUUGUUAGUCGGCGGAACAAGCUUCCACCAGGCCCCUGGGGCUUCCCAUUUGUCGGCUCCAUUCCGUCUCUUCUCUGGGGGCUUCGAGGCGGCCUGGGGCCACACCAAAUUUUCCGGAAAUACGCUGCUACGUAUGGGCCUGUGUUUCACCUCCGAAUUCUCAACAAGACACUGGUUGUUCUGAACGAUUUUGCCGCCAUAAAAGAGGCAUUUCAAAAUCCUCAUUUGAAUGACAGGCCAAAAACACUGGGGACCGAGGUGUUGAAAAUUAAUGGUAUUGCCUGGACAUCGGGUAGACCUUGGAUCAAGCUUCGUCGGUUCUGUUCGACCGUACUAAGGAGCUUCGGAACCGGCACUUCCAGUUUCGAGGAUAAGAUACGUAGAGAAGCUGAGCAGCUUAUCCGAGAGUAUGGCGCAUUCGAAGGAGUACCCUUUGACCCUAAGCCCAAGUUGGGCAAUGCGGUCGCCAACGUUAUUUGCUCCGUCAUUUUCGGCAAACGAUACGAGUACAGCGAUCGGGAGUUUACGCGGCUGCAGGGAUUGCUCGGCCGGAACGUUGAGCUGCUUGGAGCCGGAGGAGCCGUCAAUUUCUUUCCCGGUCUGCGUCAUCUUCCCUUCUUAGCAGUGGACGAGGUCCUGUCCAACUCGGAGGAAAUUCUGAACUUCUUGGAGAACAUAAUCAACUCCAAUGACACUGCACACGGUGACGGCUCCAGCAAGUUCACCGAUGCGUAUCUUGGAACAAAUCCAGCAAGACUUUCGCUGGCCGAUGAUUGCCCGCAGCUCCGGGGACGCAACAUCGUCGGCACCAUUUCGAAUCUGUUUGCGGCUGGUUCUGAGACUACGUCCACCACGCUGCAGUGGGCUCUUCUCUACAUGGUUGUUUACCCCAAGAUCCAGCAGCGAGUUCAGGCUGAGAUCGAUACAGUGGUCGGUCGCAACCGCCUACCCUGCAUGGCAGACAAGUCGGGACUUAGUUUCAAACAAGCAGUUAUCUGGGAGGUCCAACGCGUAUCUAACAUCUUACCCUUAGGAGUGCCACACGCUGCUGCUUUGGAUACCCAUUUUCGCGGCUUCCUGAUCCCAAAGGGGGCAUUCAUUAUCAGCAACUUAUGGGCAGCUUUUCAUGAUCCUAAUAUUUGGCCAGAACCGCAGGAGUUCAACCCACAGAGAUUUUUGGACGAUAAUGGCAAGCCAAAAAGGCCAGAGGAGUUUAUACCAUUCGGCAUUGGGCGUCGCGUCUGCAUCGGCGAUCACCUGGCGAAAAUGGAGUUGUUCCUCUUUUUCGGCUAUUUCAUGCACCAGUUCACCUUCAAGAAAGAAGACAACACACCCCCACUGGCGAUGAACGGCAGGGCUGGAAUAACUUACUCGCCAGUGCCGUUCAAAGUGUGCGCUAUCCCGCGCGACUGAAGAAGUUGACAGCUUCAGGAGACGAGUGUUGUUUAUUGCUAGGCUUUGUGGACAUCGGCCGCCCAGUUUCGACCAUUGUGUUCACUUGGAGAGGUCCAUUAAGUCCCCCCAAGAUUAUUCUCAGAGAUUGAAUGCUCGAUUGACACGAUUGUUUUUACGGAGAUAGAGUGACUUAUUAACAUGCAUUUAGAUAAUUAAGCGACAUUAUGUUUAGUGUUUUGAUUAUGCACAUAAUAAUCAGUUAACUGCACAUAAUUUUAUACACCUUUUCAAUAUUAGCAAAACUCUCAAGAAGAAAGUACCCUGGUGA